UUGUUAGGCACUUCCUGGUUCAAAUCACUGGUCAAGUGUACCAAAACAAAACAUAAAUAGGGUGAUCUGUGCAAGAAUAUUUAAAAUGAAUAGACGAUUGACAUCUUGAUAUUCAUUUAGCCACAUCUAAUAGUUGUUAAAAUGGCUGAAGCAGCAUACAAGGGAGGGAUUUAUGUCAGAUCAGAACAAGAUCAGGAUACUGGUUCAGAAGACCCUUACCUGCGAGAAAUUCUUGAUGUUGUAUUUCAUCAUAAAGAAGAAGGGGCUACAGCUGCUGUGUAUGAAACAAGCAAGCCAACAGGUUUAAUGAAUUUACAGUAUUUCCUUGGCAAUGUUCUUGAAAAUCCUAAAUCUGACAGCAGAGUAAAGAAAGGAAAUAAAGAAAACACAUCUGGAAGAAUUGGUCCUUCAGAAGUUGUGUUUGACUUCAGAUCCAAUGGAGGAAGUGGGAUAGUAGCUGUUGAAUCACACAGACUCGAAGUCACAAGUUGUAGCAAUUUUAGUACCAUUCGAGCCAACUGCUGUGUCUUCAAGGGUAAAUGGGUCUAUGAAGUGAUGUUAGGAUCAGAAGGAAUGAUGCAGAUUGGAUGGUGCACAAUUAAUUGUAAAUUUUUUCAUGAGGAAGGUGUGGGAGACACGGUUGAUUCAUAUGCUUUUGAUGGGAACCGUGUCAGAAAAUGGAAUAAAACAACACAAAGAUAUGGAGAGGCAUGGACCACAGGGGAUAUAAUUAGUUGUGCUAUCGAUUGUGAUGAAGGAACAGUUACCUUUUAUAGGAAUGGUAAAAAUAUGGGAAAAGCUUUUACGAAUAUAAAUCUUGGACCAGGAUAUGCGUAUUUCCCUGCAGUUAGUUUGGCAGCAUCAGAAAAUCUUAGAGCCAAUUUUGGAGCAACACCUCUCAGAUACCCAGUGGAGGGUUAUAGACCCUUACAGGACCCACCUACUGAUGAUAUAGCUAAAGCUUGGUAUCUGUUGGACUACAUGGAAAAUCUCCUUCCUUAUGUAAAUUCAGGUGAUCAGUUUCCAGAAGACACUUUGUUGAAAGCAGAUGAUACAUCACUUGGACAUCACCCAAGUAAAUCUUGUACAACUUUAUUAGUUGCAGCUCAUUUGUUUGACCAGCUAGCCCCAUUACUUAAAAAUGCAUAUAUAGUAGAACAAUGUCUGAUAAAGUUUUUAUUGAGAAUCAACAGCCAUGUAAAAGAGGAACAGUCACUAAUAUGUAACAUGUUUGAUCUAAUGUGGUCAUUAAUGCAGGAUUUUGAAAUAAAGGGAUGUAUGGAAAGUCUUUCAGUUUCACUUCUUUCCCUGUAUAGAUUUUCUCCAGCUUUACCAGACUUCAAAUAUCAUAAAGAUUAUUUAAACUUGCUGUUAUCUAUUCUUCAUCAUCAACAAACAAGAAGAUAUUUAUUAAGUAAUGUAUUAUUUGAUAAAAUCAAAUUUGCCAUGUUUAUGCAUAUUAAAUCGCCAGAUGAUAAACAGUUGUCAGAGUUUGUACCAGUCAUAUGGUUUGAAUUGGAAAAAGAUGUAGAUAAAAGUAUAAAGGAAGAGAAUGACAUGAAUAAACAGAAAUACUUGAUGUCAUGUGACCAGCUACAGAAUGCUGUUCAAGAUGUUGAGAAGAUUCAGGUCGAGGUAUUGAAAAAGUUGAUGAUCCACACAGAUGUGGUAGAGCAAAAAACCACAAGAAUUAUAUUUAUGGAAAAGUGCAGGAAGUUUUUCAAAGAAAACAGUGGACUAGGAAGGAUCCAGCAUGGGAGUUUAUGUCCAAGUUCAGUCAUACUAUGUAUGUUCCAUAGACUCAUACAGGCAGUGAGAUUUUGCUGGGAUAAAUUUCAAGAAGAAGAUCCUUGCAGAUUUGUUAAAACUUCAGAUGCUUAUAUACCAAUUCACCAGUUUUGGUCAGAAACCAUUGAUUACUUUGAGUUUCAGCGAUGUGGUGGUUUGAUUUCUCAUGUAAACAGAAUGUUAGGGAGUGAAGUGAAUAAAGCACAAGGUCUUUCUGCUGCUGGUUCAGAACAAACAUUGUCUCUAAUGUCCUCUGCUGUCUCCAAACGAUCAGAUGAUUACCCUGCUUUAGAGAUGCCAAGUGGUAACAGUUUAAUGGAGUUAUUAGAUGGCUUAGUUAUGAUGUAUCACAUAGCAGCACACAAACAGUUAGGAAAGAGAUGUAACCUGAGAGACAAUAUGAAAGAGUUUGUAGAAUCAUUACAAGACACACAAGAGAAAAUCAACAGGUGUCCUCCUGAUGAGGAUGCUGGAAUUAGAGAAGAAUUAAACAGAGCUUAUAAAGUCUUUCACAAUAAGAUAGAAGAACAAUCAAGAAAAAUGGCCUGGGUUACAGCAGUUACAUAUUCUAAGACAAAGCGUAGUGAUAUAGAAUGGUUAUUGAAGGUGGUACUACAGACAAUAAAGAGAGCAGCUGGCUAUAAACUAUUGUUCCAAUAUGUACCAGAAUACUACAUACUGACAGCUAUCAAUGCCUUUAACGCCUUGUUUAACUUCUUCCAUCCAACUGUGCCUUUUGAAUCUCUUGAUAAUUACAACGAAACCCUCCAUAACUAUGCUUUAUUUAUAACAAGACAUUUUUCUGAUCAUCGAAUAUUAAAUCCAGAUGUGAGAGAAGAAGUGGUACAAGCCUUAGCAUGCUUUAUAUGUUAUCCGGAGUCUCUCAAAGUUCUAGAAAGCCUUCCAGAAGAAAAAACCAAAGAAAUGAUAGAGGCAUUAAUUACUCCACAUGAGAACAGAUCUCUGUCACAGACAAAUUGGAUUCUAGUAAGAAUAUGGAAGGGAUGUGGAUUUAGGUUCAGAUUUACACAUUUACCUCACUUAGUGCCGUCUAAAGUUCAAACAGCUCAGUUUGGAUUUGCCAGUCUACAAAAACCACUGCCAUCCUAUGUGUUCCAAGAUUUGAUAAGAAAAUUGUUACUUCAAGAUGGUGAAAGGGCCACAAAAUUUCUAGAUAUGAUACUGAACCAACUGAACUGGUCAUUCUCAGAGUUCAUAGGUCUGAUGCAGGAAAUUCAACAAAAAGUGACAUCUCCAGAGUUAGUUAUACUGGAAAGUAGACAGCUAAAAAUUUGUGCCACCUGUUUUGAAAUUGCUGUAUGUUUGAUGAGAAUUAUAGAAAUGAUUGUCACCAAAGUGCCUGAAGUUUUCUUAGACCCUGCCUUAUCAUCAUCAGAACUUCUCCUGAAAAGACUAAUACAAGUAUUGUGCCAAAUACUUAACAGAAUAACAGCCAGGAAUGGAAUAUUUGAAGGUGUUGUUUCAUUAUUUAUUCAAGGGUUGCCAAAUGUUUCCUACUUCCCUAUAGCUGGAGCUAUGAUUGGUAUACUUAUACAGUUAGUCAUUAAAUCAAGUACUGAAAGCAAACAAGCAGUGUUGAGAUACCUGAUAUCAGAUCCUGGAUUUAAAGUACAUUCUCUAGAAUACCUUGUAGGGAAAUUAUCAUCAGAUACAAAAAAUGAUCAAGAUAUCUUGCCAGAAGAAAAAACAGAUGUGGAAGAUCUUACAAAAUAUCUGAAAUUGAAUGAAAAUACAGAAUUCACACAACAUCAUGUGAAAGAAGAUGACUUGUGUACCAUCUGUUACUCUGAUCAGAUGUCAGUAAUGUUUGUUCCAUGUGGGCACCAGUCUUGUAGGAACUGUAUAAGUCACCAAAUGAUGAGCAAGAAAGAGUGUUUCUUUUGUAAAACAGCCAUUACAGAUGUCACAGACUUAAAAGGUGCUUCGAUCUUAACAAAGUCGGUAAAAUCAGGAAAAUCAGGGGGAUCAGGAAAAUCAUAAAAAUGAUCUUACAAAUUGUAAUUAGAUUUUCUUGUUUGAUACUCAUAAAGUCAAUUAUUAAUGUUGAAACAUAAAACAUAUCUGUUUAUCUAUUUAUUUAUAGUUAUUCUUGUUAAUUAACUUACACAGGCAAAUUUUGUUCACGUGAAUUUCACGUGAGUCUCAUUUCACGUGAAAGUCACAUUAAAUUCAUGUGAAAUUCAUGUGAAACUCGCAUGAUCUGACUAACGUGAAUUUAAGGUGAACUUGUUAACAUGAAACUCGUGUAAAAUUCAUGUGAAUUUCAUAUAAACUUUUUUUCACGUGAAAUUCACGUGAUCUCACUCACAUGAAAUUCACAUGAUUUGACUCACGUGAAUUUCACAUGAUCUGACUAACGUGAUUUUCACGUGAAAUUUACGUGAACAAAAUUUGCCUGUGUAUGAGAAGUAAUUUAAAUCAUCGGCCAUUGUUUACUGUCGCAAGUGAAAAUUCAUGUACUCUUUGCCCAAUUCUUUCAAAACCAUUUGCUUUAAGGGGCAAAAAUAUGGUUUCACUUAUUUUGGUAUGGAACAGUUGAAUUGACUCUCAUAAUAGUUUUUCCUUUUUGAUUCCUUCUCAAAUUUCUUCUAGUUAAAAAUAAUAUCAAUUAAGAUAUUACUAUUUAAACCUAUAUUUCAUACUUGAGUUAUUUUGAUUAAAUGUCACAUAAAGAUGUAUAUCUCAGAAACCCAAAGUGUUAUAACAAAGAUAUUUCACUGCUUCAGUUGUCUUAAAUUUUAUAUAACUAGAUUUUGGUUGCCACAUUUAUGCUUGCCAUGCCUGUUUUUCCCAUUCCUGUCAGGUGGUAUUACACAAAUCUUUCCACCAAGAUUUUAUUACAAUGUAAAAUCCAUAUGUAGAACAUUUAGAUCAUUAUGACCCACACUUUAUUGCCAGCUCAUCUGAAGAUCUCCAUUUAGAUCCAAGUGUAAACUUUUCAAAUAGUUUUCUUAAAGCAGGGUUAUAUUCAUGUCAUACAAGCACUUUUUUCCAUGCAAGAACCUCACGGGUAGUCAAGGUAGUUAAAAACCACCAUCAUCAUCUUUUUUUCCAUUAAUAUACUAUUGAUAGUGAUUUCAUGAACCCCUUUUCUCUAAAAUGAAUAUGUAUUGUAAAAUUAUCUAGUCAUAACCAGGGUUGUUUUUUUUGUAUUCAUUAUCAGUCAAUAAUAUCAUUAAGUGAUUUGGAAUGUUUCUUUUUGAAUGUAUUAUGACACACGUUCAUGGAAAGUUUCCUACAAGUAUUUAGACCAGGUUAUGGAUUAAUUGAUUCUUUUAGGAGACUGUUUUUCACUGGUAACCAAAAAAAGUUACAUUUAUGUGUUUAUGAUACCUACAUUUACAGCGAAAUGACUGUGAUAUAUUUGUAGUAAACAAUAGUAUAUAUAAAAGUUAUAAUGUAAAUAUGGGUAACAUGAUAAAGGCCAUAUUUACACAUUCAUAUUUUCAUACUCUAUCAUUUUAUAUAUUUUUUGUGAUCUAAAUUUGAAAGGUUGAGGACAAAAUAGAUGGAAAGAAAUCUGAUUUCUGUUGUUAGUAAGCUAAAUUUUCAACAUUGAAGUUGAUGAUUAAUUUAAGAAUGUAAUAAACUAUGAAUUGAUUGCUUUCCUUAUUAUAUUUACAUUUCCACUUUAUUCGUUAUUAUUAUUUAUUCCAGGUUUCAGUAGUUUUGAAUACCUGGUAUAAAUAAUGAUAAAGUGGAUUUUUAAAUAUUUUUGCCUUGUACAUCAUUGAAGAGACAUAAAUUGUUGAAAUGUGCAUUUGGUGCAGUAAUAUUGUUACCGUUAAUGUUAUUAUAGUGGUCUCUUCAUUUGUAUAUAAAAAUGCAAUUGAAAAAUCUCAAAAGUUUCAGAUCAAAAGAUGAAAUAAGAGAGUCAUAUUGCAAAUGGUACUCAAGGUUAAAUUGGAAUAGGCCCAUUAUUGUUGAGGAUACAAAGUAGCCUAAAACAGUAGGGAAAAACAAAGGAGGGUGGCUAACAGAGCUUCCAGAAAUUUGUUAUCAAACUUCAUGUGAACAUGCUAUACCUUGUAAUGAUUUUCAGAUUCAGUUCGUUGUACUUGUGUCAUAAAUGUGAUAUAAUAACCUUAUUGAUACAUUCAGCAUCUAAAAAAAGUGACUCACCUAUCUCUUCCUUGUUUGAACAAAAUCCAAAUGAUGAUACCAGGUUGGACAAAUUGUUCAUACCAUUUUAAUUAAGUCACUCCUUCUUUGUUAUGGUAUGGAUAUUUUCCUUGAAUACUGCAUUGA